ACUGAAAGUGUUUCUCAUUCAGGUAUUCUAUGCCACGCGGCGUUUUAUUUUGAAAUUCACGACCGGACGUCGGGUAUGUCGGUCUUAACAGAUGAACGGCAGAAGAUGACAGAAUGUGGACCUGCUACAGAAACUGGCUUCCCACCCAAGAAAAUACGAAUGUCUUGCAGCAGCACAAAGAGGUUCUUACUCUUCCAGCUAUAAACAAUGGCCCAACGUCACUACGUCAGAGAACAAAUAUGAAGGGGCAGGACACAAAACUGAACAAGGAGUCCAGUUCUACAAAUCACUUCAGACAAACAGGCAAAAUCCAAAACUCUCACAGAGCAUCAGACUUAUUGCAACAAGGACAUUUUUUCAAGGUUGAGGCUGCCAAGGCCUUAGACCUACAUGAAUAUGGAAGAACAAGUGAGGACUUGUCAAAGUUACUAAGGAGCAUGGAGGCUCUCACGGGAGAAGAUGAGGGGGAAGACAAUGAUUGGAUCAAGGAGGAAAGAGACACAGACAGCAGAACGUGUCUGUCUGCCAAGUCAAGCAAAGAUGAUGUGGACAAAAGAAGUGACAGCACACUCCCAGUGACAAUCUUAUGUUCCACAACAACCAAUGGAACACAGAGAAAAGAAGAGCCUCCAUUUUUUGUUGAAGAGAAGAGAUUCAUGGUGUAUAUAUGUGGUGGAUACAAAGACACAGUUGCGGAACGAAGGGCACUCAUGGAAAACAUUUAUCCAAGACUGUAUCUGUACUGUAAGCAAAGAGGCUAUGACUUCAGGAUGGUGGACCUUCGCUGGGGAGUUGGAGACCCUGUCGCUGAAUGCCAUGACACCGCAGAGCUGCAUGUGGAGAAUCUCCAGCGAUGUCAGAAAACCCAGGGUCCAAACAUUGUUUUGUUUGUAGGGCAGAAGCAUGAGGUCCAGAGCCUUCCCUCUACUAUCACCAGAGAGGCCUUUGAGGCCAUAGUGAGAGUGCUGGAGAGGAAACAGCAGAUGUCCAAGAACAAACCAUUGGAGGACUAUCCUGCCACAGGCUCCCAGUCCAGCAUCACUACAGACAGCGACACCAGCAGUUUUGUCCAGGAAACCAUUUAUGGGAAUUAUCUAAAUUUCGAAGAGCAGGCUACAAAUUCAGGGCUGCUUAGCCAGAGCUCUCAGAGCUCAUUUUUAGAUGGAGAGGAGGCCAGACUCAGCCCAGCUGGUGUCCGGAGUCAGGGGGAUUUGGACAAAGACCUGACCUUACUCCAGUUGUGGUACAAGCUGGAUGAGAAUUGCCUUCCUCCUGUCUACCGCUUACUUCCCCUCAGCACUCACCAUCCUGACAUGUUGAGCAUGGAUGAGCAGCAUAGGAAGCAGGCCAGGAUGGACUGGAAUGCUGCCUGCCACAGACUGUGGGGAGUUCUACAACACAGUGCAGUUGAGGCAGUGGGGCAAGAAGAGGCAUCGGUGUUACUCAGGACAGUGCUUGACUGGGAGGUGGAAAUAGGUAUGCAGUCUGUAGCUGAGGCUCCACCAGAGGAGCACUGUCACUGCUACAAAAGAGUCAUCCCAGAUCUUUACUACAACCUCAAGAACCAACAUGCUGCUCAGUAUGCUGACCUCCUGAAAGGACAAGCUCAGCUAGAUCCAGUACGCAGCACAGCGCACCAGUGUUUCAUAGACCGGCUUCAUAAAAAGCUGCGCCACACCAACAUCUAUGAGCGUAAGGUGGGCUGGAGACGUAAAGGCCUGAACCCCAAACACAGUCGGUCACAUAGGUUCUACACUGAACGCAUCUCCUCCCACUUUCAACGGACUGUUAUCAACUCCAUUAACAAAGUGAUGAAGGUCACCAAAACCAAAGGCCCAUUUGAUAUAGUUAGAAGAGAAGUUGUCAGAGUGCAAAUACAGGAGGAGAUACAGCACCAUUUAAACUAUGGACUCCACCUAAGUAAGGGCUGUACUUUGAGGCAGGCUUUCCUGGCUGAAGUGCAGAGAGCAGUGGAGCAGUCAACAACCAGACCCAUACUCCUGCUUGGACCACCAGGCUGGGGAAAGAGCACCACCAUGGCUGCAGUAGCACAGUUAAUGGCCUCCUGGCUCCCUGGAGCUGUAAAGGUGCUGGUGCACUUCAUUGGCCUCAGUGGAGAAAGCAGGAAUAUUCGUCUGGUCCUGCAGAGUCUUUGUGUCCAGCUGGCUAAAGCCUACUGUUCCCACACACAGCUGUCAGAGGACCUUCCUCAGCUAAUCAGUGAGUUCCACUCUCUGCUGGGCCUGGUGGGAGCAGAGAGGUCUGUGGUGGUCCUGCUGGAUGGGCUGGAUGAACUGUCAGAGGAACAUGGUCCAGACCUCUCCUGGAUUUCAACCCCUCUGCCUCAAAAUGUCCACCUCAUUCUUUCUGCAACCACUGACUCCCCCUGCACUCACACUCUGCAGUCAGCCCGUCCCACCGUCCUGUCCCUCCCUCCUCUCAGUCCUGAUGACAUCACAGCAGCAUUAGAGGCCAAACUCCGUAUUGACCAGCGGUGUCUGCAGGAGCAGCAGUGGCAGCUGCUGGUCCAGGCCUGUCUGUACUGUCCCAGCCCUCUCUACCUAGAAGCAGCUUACUCUGAGUGCCUUCUUUGGACCUCCUACACCACCCAGAGCAGCCUCAACCUUCCAGCCAGCCUGGAGGGCCUCUACCUGAGUCUGCUGGCUCGCCUGGAGACACAGUUGGGGAUGCAGCUGGUGAGACGGGCUGCGUGUCUGAUAUCCAUCUCUCGCUGGGGUGUCACUGAAGAGGAGUUACUAGACCUACUGGCCAAAGAUGGGAAGGUACUCGAAGAGGUGACCACAGCUCACUCAUCCUCCUUUUCCAGCCACCCCAGGGUGCCCUAUGUGUUAUGGGCUCGACUGAAACACUACCUUGGCUGUCACCUCAGUGAGGUCAAGACAGAUGGGACAUGGGUGUACCGCUGGACUCAUUCUGAGCUGAGCCAUGUAUGCAUAAAUCACUAUUUGAAAACAGAUGAUUCUCGCAUGCUACUGCACGCUGACUAUGCAGACUACUACAGAGACAAGUCACAAUAUGCACACAUAUUUCAGCCACUGGCAUGGACAAUGGGUGAUGGAGAGGAUGGUGAAGAUAUGACUAAAAGUUACAGAUUCAAUCUGAGAAAACUUCAUGGUUUGCCCUACCACCUAGUCCACUCAGGCCAAAUCCUGCCCUUUCUGUCUGAGUGCGUCUUCAACUAUGAAUUCCUGCUACAUAAGGCCUGGGGUCUGUCUGUCCUGGACAUAGAGGAGGACCUGAAGAAGGCUGUGCUGCCAGACAAGGUGCUGGUAGAUGUAGAGGUCCUGUUGGGUGCUCUGGAAAUGUCUCGGGUGGUGCUGCAGCAGGACCCCUGUCAGCUGGCCUCUCAGCUUAUGGGUCGACUGGGAUGCAUGGUUACUGAGGACCAUCCUGUUGCCAAAGGUGACCCACUAAAAUUCAGCUACCUCCAUGCUCUUCUGGCUCAGUGUUCCCAGUCCUCUCUGCCUGUGUUACUGCCCUCCUCCACCUGCCUGCUGCCCCCAGGAGGCCUCCAACACACCAUGCUGGCAGGUCACCUGACCAAUAUGGCUGCCCUGGGAGGGAGCCAGAGAGGACCCUUAGGUGUCACCAGUGAAUCAGAUGGAAGCCUGAGGUUUUGGGAUCUGGAGCAGAGGCGGGUCAUCAAGAGCCUAAAUGCAGUAGGGGGAGUUGUGGCAGAUUCCCUCACCCUGGGUUUAGAUGAUAGGAUGCUCAUAGUCCGCAUGGGUCAAAGACUACAGGUGAGAGAGGUGGAAUCUGGACAAGUUGUGUAUUCAGAGAGUGACUCUGUGGAUGUUCCCAUUGUCACCAUGACUUGUGAAGGACAGCUCAUGGUGAUCUUCUAUGAUGGAAGUCAUCUAGUCAAGGUUUUUGAUCUGGCCUCCUCCUGCUCACUCCUGCACUGUGUUCACGUGUCCAUGAAGCGUGAUGCCAUCCACAAAGACCGCUCCAUUCUGCUGUCCAGCAACUCCAUCAAAGACUAUGUUCUCUUCGCCUACAGGUCUGGUGGUGAGGCAGCAGUAUUCAGUGCCAGAGGGGGCACUGUGCUGUCUGUCCUGUCAGCUCAGCACAGUGCUGCCUCUAUACAAGCUGUGGAGAUGACUGAGAACUACUUGCUGCUCUUCUGCAGAUACCCAUACAAGAGGGGCGGUGAAAUCAUCCACAUCGAGCUCUUCAGCACCACCUCCUUCCUGUACCUGCGGUCUAUACUGGGCUGCAGCCAGGACUGCAUUUCGCAGGUUACUGUCAACCGGGAGGGGACUCACGUCGUGGCCUUUUGCCCCUCCCCUUUUACUGGCAUCACUGAGCUGGUCACCUGGAACCUGGAGACAGAGGACCACAAACACAUCACUCGCUUCCCCUCAGUACUGACCAAAGGACUGUGUUUUGACCUGCGCUUCUGUCUGGGGAUCUGCAGUGGAGAGAAGCACCUUCGCCUGUGGAAUCUGACCUCCAGGAUCAAUGACCAGACUCUUACCUAUAACAUCAAUAAGCUCAGGAGUGAUGGUUCAGAGGAGGUUGUCCCCAUGGGGAAAACCCCACGGUACGCUGUGUGUCGAUCCAUCAGAGCAGGGACGGUGUAUGUGUGGAACCUGGCCAGACGGCGUUUUGUCUGCAGACCGGUCAGAGUGGAGCACGGCCUCUACAGCAGCACUGAUGUGGUGCUUGCUCACAGCUUCAAACUCUACAUCUUUACAGACAGGAGCUUAAAUAGAUUUCAGACUCUACUGGUGUAUGACUUGAUUAAGCGGAGCUAUGUGAGGAGACAGACUGGGAUCGCAUUCAUUCCCUGUCUUCAGCAUGAGUACCGUCUUUUGGAGGAUGGACAGAGUCUCCUGGGCCUGUCAGAGACCAGAGAUCAUCUGCUCCUAUGGGAUCUGGGCUCAUGCUCCAUCAAACAUGAGCUCAAACCAUCCCACAGAGAGUUGCUCCUGCACAGACGCCCUACCCGAGACCUGCAACCUCACACAGCACCACACAGAAAAAUAAAAUUGAUGCCCUGGGACAUUCGGACGGAGAGCCAAGCUGAAAAGAAGAGGAGGCUGGAGAGAGAGGCACAGACGGAGACAGAGGAGAAAAGGAGGCUGGAGAGAGAAAAAUACAACUCUAUAGACCAGUACCUCCUCAGUGGAGAUGAACGAGUACACAGAUAAACCCAACUGUACUCUGUUUUUAUCUGUUUUUAUGAAGC